AUGACUGUGCUCCUCUAUGACCUGAUUCUCCUCCUCCCUACUGAAAUUGAUUAUAUGUGGCUUCCCUGGCCUGUACACCCACUUCUGCUGCUGUUCGCAUUGAACCAUUACUUACCCUUGGUGGAUAUGGCGUUCAACAUCAACUGGCUCCUGCACAGGACCAGCGCGAUCCAGUGUGGCAUGUAUUCCUUCAUUACAGGCCCACUCAUAGCCUUUGGGUUUUUCACAUCGCAGAUUAUCCUCAUGAUCUGCACAUAUGUAAUAUGGGAUAGACACCGAGUGGUAUUCUGGUGUUUUAUUGGGACUGGGGUCUGUUGUUUGACACCAGAGGUAGUCAGCCUUGUUAUAGAACUCAAGGUGGUCCAAUCUGCACAGUCAUCCAACAUUCCUGGCUGCUUCAUUUUCUUUCCAUCCUUGCCAGAGUUGUUCUACGUCCCAGUGCUCAUUUCAGAGACGAUCAUUGCUUCGCUCACACUCUUCAAGGGCAUACAGCACCUCCACCGUUCGUCGCAUCCUUUUGUCACAGAGCUUUAUGCCUCUGGAAUGUUCUUUUAUGUGUGCCUCUUCCUCAUUUCUCUCACCAAUAUCCUUGUUCCCAUGUGGACUGAUGCCAUCACACCCUUCCUCAGUUAUUUUCAGCACAUCCUCCAUUCCAUCCUGAGCAGCCGCAUCAUGCUACUCAUUCUCAGGCAGAAAGGGACACGUCGACCUGCAGAAGAGCUGUAUAUGGGUGACUUUGAACUGUCUGAAUGCUACACAUUUGACUGUGCCCGAACACGCUCAGACUCAGAAGUUCAAGUGGAAUUGAAUAUCCGUUUGUCAUGUUGA